AUGGCAGCCAUCGUUCCGCUCAACACUCCUCUCCAGAUCUGGGGCCAGGAAGAUCAAGCACCCCCACUCAAUAACGUGGGAGGUGCCGUCUGGUACAGACAUUGGGAGUUUGACGGACCCGAGGAGCCAACAGAUAGACAGCUUGAGGCCUGGGGAAAGGAGGCAUUCGACUGGCUGCACAGAAACUAUGCGAACAAGGGAGCCUAUACCUCAACGACCAGCUCCCUUCUCGUAGCUACCCUUUACGUCAACAUGGGCUUUGCACGAGGUGCGCAAGCCUGGUGGGACGCUCGUUUCACGUGUCGUGCUCUCGGCGGAUGGAAAGAAACAGACAAGAGAUGGGCCCCCAAACUCUCCGGUCAAGAUGCUCGUCUAUGGCCGGAUAGUCCAGGCAAGGGACCCAACAAUUACGUUGGGAUUCAAGAGCCGUGCAGCAGAGGACCCAAGGAUCCGAACUGCCAGAAAUGCUGCAACACAUUGAAUGUGGCUUGGGUAAAGCCGCACCCACAGUGGCUCGCUGGUCAAGGCGGUGGUGGCCUUCAGCUCCCAACACCCCCGGCUGGCGGAGGGGGAGGAUCAGGCGCCGCCGGUGGAAGUGGAACGGGGGCCACUGGUCAGAGCGGUACCGGGAGGCCCGGGCCUAGCACCGGAGGGGGUGCGACAGGUGGCAGGACUAGCCCUUCAAACACUACCGGUUCAGUACCUGUCAACAACGCUUCUACUAAAGCUCCGACCUCGAAGCCCGUGACAGCAACCGCGAAACCCACACCGGCAACCGGACGACCGGCUUUGGCAGACAAGUCAACUUCUGGCCUCAACACCCAAGCUAGCAAACCAGGUCAAAAGGUCCCAGCUCCGGCUAAUACUACGGGACUCAAGACGUCGACCGCGACGACAGCGGCCAAGACCACUGCUGCCGUCAAGACUUCUACUGCAACCAAGACUUCAGCCCCCGCCGCGACUAAAACAUCGGCCCCCGUUGCGACCAAGACUGCUACGGCGACCAAGACUUCUGUCCCUGUUACGACAGCGAAGAAGACCACGGUAUCUGGGAAGAAAUAG